UGUGUUGACAGAAAACGUGUAUUGAAUCAGGGAACCAACCAACAGGGCCUGCCCAAGGCAUUUUGGCACCUGAAGCCAAAUAACAAAAUGGUGCCCCCAACCUGCCAGGGAGGAAGGGAAAGUGUGCUCACUCUUAAACUGUGUGAUGAAAAGAUGUUUCAGCUAAGGCUGGUUGACAGAUACCUGGAAGCACUUUGGGGGAGUUUUCUGCACACUGAACAAGAAAAAAGUGAUCUACAGAACUGGAAUUUGCCUUUGAAGAAUACAAAACCUGGGAAGAGUUUAAAUGGUGAAUCCCAGGAAAAAGUAUUCAAAGGAAUCUUGUAUAAGAUAACCUUUGUGACAAGAUGGCUGACCAGCACCAGGAUUUCAAUAUGACAGAUGACCAUUUGGUGAGCCAAGCUAGAUGGAACCAGACAGGUGAGCCCGAUCGGGUGGGAGACAGGAAGGAGCUUCUUCCACAGGAUGGAAUCCAGGAUGUUGGUUCACAGUUUGGAGAAAGGCUGUAUGUGGGGAUGGAGCCUGGAAGUAUAAAUGGGUUAAGGAAAGGCUCUCCCCUCCAGAUACCAGUUGAUGAUGGAUCUGAUGAACCAGAGUCUGAUGCUUCUGAUGCUAAGAGUACCCCAACUGUGGAAGAUGCUACUGCUCCAUUAGUGGAGGAGAGAGUGCAUGAGAAUCGAAAUGCGACUCGCCAGUAUGCAGAGAUACCUGAAGGAAAUACAGCUGAGGAAGCAGACUUAGGCUCUACUUCUAGCCUUGAAGACCAUGCUGCGGGGGAUGCUCAAGCUCGAAUGGACAACAAAGAUAAAAAUGAGACUGGGACUGAAGAGCCUAAACUAAAGACAUCCACACCUUCCUCUGUCAAAAUCUUGGAAGGUAGAACCUCCAUUAUUCCCAAACGAAACUCCUCUGUUAGUUCUAUCCCUUUGAAAAAACCCUCCAACCCUGCUGAGUCCUCAGUACCAACCUCCAUCCCUAAAUGCAUCUCUUCUAUCGCAUCCCGACCAACCAGUACAGGAACAAAAGAGAAAAGGGGCAAGGGUCCAGAUAUGAAAACAAAGAUAGCCACUCCACGUCCUGGUAUGGGGCAGAAUCAGAAGAGUCCAGCCAAUGCUUCUCGGAUCCCUGCCAAAACUCCCACCAUCCCCAAGACACCACCCAGUCUUGCUGCCAAAAAGGAGCAAAGAAGGCCCCCUAACACAGCAGCAAAAUCUGAGAGAGGUGAACCGGUAAAGUCUGGAGAUAGGAGUGGCUACAGCAGCCCUGGCUCUCCAGGAACUCCUGGCAGUCGCUCCCGCACACCCUCCCUGCCAACUCCACCAAACAGGGAGCCCAAGAAGGUGGCAGUGGUUCGCACCCCGCCAAAAUCCCCUUCUUCAGUCAAGAGCCGCUUGCAGACAGCCCCUGUCCCCAUGCCAGACCUGAAGAAUAUAAAGUCCAAGAUUGGUUCCACUGAAAAUUUGAAGCAUCAGCCAGGGGGUGGAAAGGUACAGGUGGUUAAUAAGAAGCUGAACUUUAGCCAUGUCCAAUCCAGGUGUGGAUCAAAGGAUAAUAUCAAACAUACCCCAGGAGGAGGCAGUGUACAAAUUGUUUACAAGCCAGUGGAUCUCAGCCACAUAACGUCCAAAUGUGGUUCCUUGGACAACAUUCAUCAUAAACCAGGUGGUGGGCAAGUGGAGGUGAAAUCUGAGAAACUGGACUUCAAAGAUAAGGUGCAAUCAAAAAUUGGGUCAUUAGACAACAUCACCCAUAUGCCUGGAGGAGGAAAUAAAAAGAUUGAGAGCCACAAGCUGACCUUUCGUGAGAACGCCAAAGCCAAGACUGACCAUGGAGCUGAAAUUGUCUACAAAUCACCCACUGUAUCUGGAGAUGCCUCCCCACGGCGCCUUAGCAACGUCUCCUCUACUGGAAGCAUCAACAUGGUGGACUCCCCACAGCUGGCCACAUUGGCCGAUGAAGUGUCUGCUUCCCUGGCCAAGCAGGGCUUGUGAUUGUGUUAAAGUGGGUGGAGAGAAUAAGAAGAGAAGAAUCCACUCUGGCCUUUC